UAUUCUGUAUUGAGUGUGCAAGACAGACUACGAAUGAAGUUUCGUUGACGACAUUUUUUUUACAUAUAUGUAUAUUUUUUUCUUUAUCAAAAAAUAAAAAAAAUUAAAACUGAAUCACAGUAAAAUAGCCCACAAAAAUAAGUGAUAUCAAAAACACAGAAACCAGUGAAAUUUGUUCAGAUUGAACUUGCAAAUCGAAAUCAAUAAAAAUUGCCAAUAAAAAAAAUUGUGUGAAGAUUAAGAUAAAAUAAUCAAACAUGCGUUUAGCUAUUUGAUGUUCUAUUUUUUUUUUGCGUGGAUGAGUUCGCUUUUGUGUUGUGCUUCUCAUUUUUAUACAUACAUAGAUUAUUCAUUUUAUUUUUCGAGGAAACUUCGUAGUUUGUUUGAAUUGUGCCAAUAAGAAAUCGAUGGUGAAAAAAUAUAAUGUUCAUGCAUAGUUGAACAGUUGAAAUUUUGUGUACAGUUUGUGUUUCGUAAAUGGAUCGGUAAUACACAAAGUAUUCAAUUUAAAAAAUAUAUAUCUUAUCAACUGGACCAAAGGCGACGGCACAAUAAAGACAGUGAAGAACAACAGCAACAACAAAAUAAAGUGCACACACUACCACAUCAUAUACGCCAAUAUUGAUACAGUAAAAGGAGAGAGAGAAAGAGUACAUAGGCGCAAAUAAGACAAGUAAAAGGAGCUUUAAAAGCUAAUUCACCUUAUGUGUACGAAAUCUCGUUUAGUGUGUAGGCACAAUCUCAAUAAAUAUCGACGACAAACAGUGAAGUUUCCGAUUUUCAUGUGUUUUGCACUUCUUUUUCGACUAUGUUCAUUAUAAAUCAGUAUCGGAAUUUUUCGAAAGUCAUCAUCGUGAUCUUCAAAUGAAAAGUGAAUCUGUAUCGACAAUUCGGAAUUGGCAAACCGAUUCAUGACACGCACACACGUGACGAUUCAUUUUUGCUUCUUCAAUAACAACAACUGCAAACAACAACAACACAAAAUCAACGAAAUCAAAAUUUGUUAUAUCUAUGAUUAGUUAAAUCCUACGUACACACAUACACACAGGCAAUUCAUUUUCAAUAAAUAUGCAAAGUGAUAAUGUUCAAUAAUUAGAGACGACGACUAGUUGGAAUAUAUAGCUCAAUUCAGUAUCCGCAACUAGCAUCAGUGUGUGUUGCACCAGCAUACUUGAUUCAUCGCUCUUGUUUCAAUUGUUUUUAUUAUUUAUUUGUUUUCUUUUGGUCGAAAUUAAAAGAAAAUAAAACUACCAAUAACGGUGGAGAAAAAAAAAUUUAUCGUGUAAAUUAUCGCAACAGAGUGUGCAUUUUAUGAAAACAAAGACUCAUAUGUACCAUAAAAUAACAUAAAACAUCGAAAGCGCCCGCACAACACACAUAUACAAUAAAUAACGAAUGAUGAUGUGAACGCUAAAAUAAAAGAAACACCGUAAAGUACACGUCUAAGGGAUAUACAAAAACGGGAAAAAAAAUUGUAAAUUGGACUUGGAAUCGGAAAAGUCCAUCAGCUGAAUGUCUUCGCAAUUGUCGCCAAAGAAAUUGCAUCAUCAUCAACCGUUAUCGAUUCACAACGGAAAUGUGAACCAAUGCCAUGAUCUACAAAAUACGAGCAAUAAUCACCAUCUGGGUAUUACAUCCACAUCGACACAAACGAAUAAUUGCUGUGACAUAAAUGGUGUGAUCAACGGUGGUACCAUCAAACGGCGCAAAUCAAAGGAUAUUCAGAUCACAAAUAAAUCAAUACAAAGCAUCGAUGGCAACUUUUCCGAUCAGCCACAUUCAAAUGAUGACGACAGUUGCAGCACCACAAGCCAUAUACUACCCGCAAAUUCCUCGCCAACAACACACACAUUAAACAAUCAAAUUAAGUCACCGAACAGUACAACACUGAACGGCUAUCACUCAUACAGCUUAGCAAAUAAUAGCAAUUAUGCACAAUCAAUCGACCAAAAUGCAUCUGUUUCAAAUUAUCGACGCAAUUGUAAUGUUCCGGUGGCAUUUUUUGAUCCACCACCAUCUGGUACACCAAACCGAUUAUCGAUUCAUCAUCCAGCAUCUGAUAUUUAUGAUCCCGAAAUUACAACGUGCUGUUUACCGCCACCAUCACCAGCACCAAAUAGCGAUCGAUUUAUUGGAAUUCCACCACAACAUCAUCAACAGCAUCAUCAAACUCAUCAGCAAUCGCAACUCAGAUAUAAAAAUUCGAUACCGGAUCGCUACCGAGACGUUGCAUCGAAAUGUGAUAGAUAUUUGCCGCCGCCACAUUAUUUAGCGAGUGGUGCGCCGUUGGUAUCGAAUGGUGGUAGUUUGAAUAACAAUGUCAUUGAUUCAAAUUCAGUGAAUAUGUAUGGAAAUGUGGUGAAUCGCGGUUUAGUUGGCAAUACAAAUAAUUCAAUUGUGACAAAUUCAACGGACACUUAUCUAAGCGGUUAUUUAUCAUCAACCGUACAUACACCGGUUAAACGUUACAUUCCAAGCACAAAUACGAUCGCAACAGACAUUUAUUCCGAUUCAACGGUUGUUUUGCCUCAUCAUCAACAGACACCACGAAAUUCAUCACAAUCAAAUUGCAAUACUCUUACAUCAUCUUAUCGUUAUCGCAUGAAAUGCUGCCCAAAUCUUGAGAAUAUAGAAAAUUCAAAUGCAUUCGCAACGACGCCUCGGGCUCGUCAAUUGAAUUCAACUAAACUGUCAAUGUCAGCAACGGCUUCCCCAAAAUCAUUAGUACCAUCGGUAUCAUCCACAUCGACAUUGUCUUUGAGCAGCGGAAAAAGUGGUUCAUCCAGUGUUCGAUCAUCCGUUCGAAAUGUUUAUGAACAGAAAUGCGAUUUUUCUAACUAUUUUCAACAGUCAAUGAAUCAACAAAAUGCCAUUAUAAACAGUAAUCAUCAUCCACAGCAAUCGCAAGCAUCACAUAGUCAAGUUGAAUCGCAGGAAUUAGUGCAUACCAAUGUACCAUUUGAACAUCAUCAUCAUCAUACUUUGAACGCUGCUAAUUCAUACGUUUCAGCAAUAAUACCAUCAAAUUCAAUGAAUAAUUCAGCACAAAAUACAGGCAAUGGAACAUGUUUGCAUUGCAAUACGAUGCGACGCACAACUGGUGUUCAUCAAACAACCCAAACUGGGCCAGUUAGCCCAAUUCCACAGAAUAUCAAUAACAAAACCGUUUUCUUGGGCUUCUCAGACAAUGGCGAUUUCGAUAAAACGUCAUCCAAUUCAGCUGGUCUUCGACAGGUACAACUGCAACAGCAGCAGCAACAUCACCAUCAGCAGCAGCAGCAGCAGCAACAACAACCGCAGCCACAAACGAUGCAACAAUCAUUCAACAGAGAUGGAGCUCAACAAAUGCAAAUCCAGCAGCAACAUCAACAUCAACAGCAACAAAUUACGGCACAACAAUCUCAGUCACAAUUAGAGUCACAAGAGAGCUUAGUUCAAUCCCAGCUUGCCGAUGAAUCUGAUCAAGUACCUCAUUCAUCACGCAAGCAAAAGAUUAAACAGUAUGUAAAACGGGAGAUAGCCAAAUUUUUCGGUGUCGAUGUGGCGAGCGAGGAGCGUGAACGUGUUAAAUGGUCAGAGCGACAGAAGAGGCUGGCAUUACGUCGAUUUGGUUCAUUAAAACAGAUUCAAAUCGAAGAGCGUCGUGAUCGUCAGCAAAGCGAUCGUCCGGAUAUAUUGCCGGUGGAUCAUGUAUCGGCAUCACAUCAUUAUUACGAUCGUGACAAUGUGAAUGUAAUUAAUCGAAAUAGUGGCAAUAAUAUUGUGCGUCGUCAUAAUUUAGACGAUGAAAUUGACAUCGAUGACGAUGAUGAAUUGGAAGACGAUGCUGCGAUUGUGAAUCAACACUUAAUAAUCGAACGAAAGGCAGCUGUAACAUCAUUACUUUGGCUGGGAUUACAAUAUGCAAUUCAAGCUUGCACAAAGAAAGUACCACGAAAUGAACGUCAAUGGUCACGUAGCUUUGCACCGCACUAUUUGAAUAAUUCAUUUAACGGACAACAGCAACAACAACAGCCGUUGCCACCAUCGCAACAACAUCAUCACCAUCAUCAACCACAGCAUACGGCCCAUUCAAGUGACUUAUCGCAAUCAAACGAAUUGGAUUUUAGUGGGAAUGAUGCAUUUGAUGGUGUUUCAAUGCCAAAUCUUCAGGAAAAUGAACUUUUCUUUGAUUCAACCAAUACUGGUUCACCAAAUCCAAAUUCAGUCAAUAGUUCACUACAUCGUGGCACACGAAUUUCAUCACAAUUAUUAGAUGGUGUACAAGACAAUUCGCGUCGGCCCACACAAAAGAAAUUGAAAUUAUUACAUGUUCAUCAAUUGGAUGAUCGAUAUGAUCAUCGGCCGUAUUUUACCUAUUGGAUAAAUACCGUACAAGUAUUGGUACUAUGUCUAACGCUCAUUUGUUAUGGCUUUGGACCGGUUGGCAUUGGUAUGGAAAAGAAAAAUGGCCAAGUGCUGGUAACUAGUUUGAGUUUACAACAAGUACAACAUCAAGAGCCACGUAACAUAUGGAUUGGACCGCGUGGCGAUGAUUUAGUUCAUUUGGGUGCAAAAUUUUCCGCAUGCAUGAGAAAGGAUCUGAAAAUAAUGGAUGUUAUGGCGAAAACAAGACGACAAGAACGUGAAACAGCAUGUUGCAUACGAAACGAUGAUUCGGGUUGCGUGCAAAGUUCACAAGCUGAUUGCAGUGUCAGAGGUCUUUAUCCAACGAAAUCGAUUUCAACGUGGAAAAAAUGGAGUCCGGGAGAAUCGGGACCGGGUGGUCGCAUAUCAGGUUCAGUAUGCGGUUUAGAUCCAAAAUAUUGUGAUGCGCCCGCUUCAAUAGCACCAUACGAAUGGCCUGAUGACAUAACGAAAUGGCCGAUAUGCCGAAAAACUAAUUCAUUUUCACAAAGAUUUCGUUACAAAGAUCACACAGCUGAGCAUAUGGUUUGCGAGGUAAUUGGUCAUCCGUGUUGUAUCAGUGUUUACGGUGAAUGCCGAAUCACGACACGAGAAUUCUGUGACUUUGUCAAUGGCUAUUUUCACGAGGAAGCGUCUUUGUGUUCACAGGUUUCGUGUUUGAACGACAUUUGCGGAAUGUUUCCAUUUAUAUCGCCCGAUGCACCUGAUCAAUUUUACCGUUUGUUUACGUCGCUGUGCUUACAUGCCGGUAUCAUACAUUUAGUUAUCACCGUUGCCUUUCAGCACAUUUUUUUGACCGAUUUGGAGCGUUUGCUGGGACCGAUACGAACAGCCAUACUGUAUGUUGGUAGUGGUGUAGGUGGAAAUCUAAUUAGCGCAAUAUUUUUGCCGUAUAAACCAGAAGUUGGUCCGUUAGCAUCGAUAGCCGGCGUUGUUUCUUCUAUGGCUGUGCUAUUAAUUAUGAUCCAUUGGAAACAAUUGAAACGGCCGCACAUGGCACUUAUGAAAUUGAUCUUUUUGGCAGUGUGCAUAUUUGCAAUUGGUACAUUACCAUGGCAACAGCACAUUGUUGGUUUAAUAGGUGGAAUAUUGUGCGGCACCGUUCUUACAAUAACAAUGGUGCCAUUCUUAAGCAUUACUACAAAAUAUGGACGCAAGGCAAAGAUCAAAUUGGUGUGGACGUGUAUUUUGCUGCAUGUUGCAAUCUAUGCGACGUUAUUCAUAUUGUUUUAUCUAUGUCCAAUGGCGAUUUCAACGAUUGGAUUAUGGGGUAGCGAUGCGGAUGAGAGUGCAAUUGGCGGUGGUUAUAGUGUUGGUGGCAAUAUUGUCGCAUGUGAUAAUAACAAGGGAAUGCAGUGCGGUGGAACGAGUAAUAAUGCACCCGGCGGGAUUGUUCGUAGCGCUAUCAAUAUCUGAUAUGGUUUAAUGUAUUAACAAAACAAAAUUUAAUUAUAAUGACAUUUAAAGAAGAAGAAGAGAAAAAAACAAAACCUCAAAAUCAUUCAUUCAACCAAAUUUCAAAAGAAAAUUCACUAAAAUCAAUAAUACAGAUCAGUUUCGUUAACUCUGCAAAACAAUUGGAGUGAAUGUCUUGAAAUUUGAAACCAGGAACGUAUGCUGCACAUUUCAAGAAAUUUACUUCUUUUAUUUGAAAAAAGGUUUUUUCUGGCCUGAGUUUUGAAGAACUUGAGUUUUUAUGGCCAGUGAAUGACACAUAUGUAUAAGAACCGGGACGAAAGAAGCGAUAAUACUCGAAAAAAAAAUUCAAGAAAUUGUCCCCGGUAUUAACCAAUUGUUCAAGUUACUUCAAGUAUUUACAAUGCUUUCCAUUUAAAAUUCAACUUGGGUCACUUUGGUUGAGAGAAAUGUGCACAUGUUUGCAAUAAAAUCGAUCGCGAGCACUCCAAAUGUUUGACAGAAGUAAUGAAUAUGAUAAUGCACACACUCACACACUAAAUGUUUUUUUGUAAAUACAUUUCGAAUGGCAUGAGCCGUUCCAUUUUAUGAAUGCGACAAGCAGACAAAACAAUUGUAUAGGACAAAAGGAAAACAAUAUGAAAAAAGUAAUAAACAGAACACAGAGAGAACAUAAACAUAAAAGUGACAAAAAAGGGAUAAAACAAACACACUUACACGUCAAAAGAGCUAUAUUUUGGUGAAAAUGAUUGAUUUAACAAAAAAAAAGAAAACGAAAGAGAGGAAGAGAGUAGUAGAUAAAUUCUUGUAGGUUUACAACGGAAAGAAAACAUCUAAUGCUCGCUGAUUCUGUUUUCAGUAAAUGAAGAAAAUGGUAAUAUAUGCAAUCAUAGCACACAAACAUACAGCAUCAUGUUAAUCGUGUGUGUGCACAUUUUGCGUCAACAGAAAUGGCUAUACAUAUAAAAAUAAAAAAAAUAUUAUUAGGUGAGGUAUACAAAAAAAAAUUGCAUUUAAAACAACCCACACACACACGAUAUUGAAUGGAAGUAAAAUAAGGACAAUGGGCAACAGCAGCAACAUUAAAUUCAUAUGUUAAUCUAUUAAUAUGAAGAAAUGAAUAAAUACCAAAAAAAUGAAUGAUUAUAUUUCUAAUAAGGAGAGAAAGCAUAUACAACUAACAUUGAUGUAACACAAAAUGAAGAUUAAUAAACAUUAAGUGAGAGUCGGAAACAAUCUAAAUGGAAGAUAUAAUUUAAACGGACACAGACAUACAAACACAAAAAAAACCCUUUAGAUGUAGGACAACAAAUACGAAAAACCAAUUUCCGUAAACCAUACAUUUCAUUGCUAUUCUUGUUUUUCGUAUGUGAAUGCGCCAGAAAGUAAAAAACCAAAACAUAUAUAAUAAUUAUGUCUGCAGUCAAUAAAUCGUGUGUUUCCUUGAUAACCAAACAUUAACAACCACAACCACAUAAGUUAAUAAUUUAAUUAACUCGUCUUACAGAAUGAAAAAAAAAUGAAAUCACUUUUAUUCUGUUUUAUGUUUAAAUUUUGUUAAAAAAAAGAAUACUUAUUUAGUGUAUAGAAUAAUUGCAUUCCGCGAGAUGAAAGACGAACUGUGGCGUCCGAUAAACGGUGUCACUGUAUAACUUCACUGAGAUAAUUAAAUGAUUGUUUUCACUGCCAAAAAAAAACAGAAACACCUUAACAUAAUACGCGAACGAUAUAUCAUCAUCAAUCACACCAACCAUUAUCGAUGAUAGAAUUAUCACCGAACCACAUCAGUCGAUUCGUUCUCGAUGUGUUUAAAAAGUUCAAAUGUGCAAUAUUUUGAUUUGCAAUCCAAUAUUUUAAAUAGAGACAAAAAAGAUAAAUAUUAUCAGUUUGUCAGCGAAUGCUGCAACAAGCACUCACUUGUUAUUCAUCAAAUUUUAAACUGAUCGAAUUAUGAAAAAUAAAGAUAUGAUUAUUUCAAGAUUUUUUUUUUUUCGUUCUUUGUUUUAAAUAAACAAUUUGUUUGCAUUAAUUAAAUAAUUUAAAGAAAAUAAAAGACAAACAAAUAAAAGUCUAGCAAAAUAUUAACGGAAUGAAACAUUUGCGAAGCGCAAAACUAUUUGCUAGCUUGGAAAAGAUGAAAACAAAUUCGAGACAUUCAUAAAUACACGCCAAACGGAUGCAAUUUCAUUCAGUUUUCUUCUCACAUUUUCUUUACGUACAUCUUUAAAAAAAUAAUAAUUUUUGAAUUCAAGUUUAUUUGAAAUGAAUUUAAAGCCCA